AUGGAAGGGAGGUUUAAAAAAAGUGACAGCGAAAGUGACUACAAGUAUUAUGUGCUGCAAAUAGGGCGAAAAUACACCUAUGUAGGAUUUUCAGGGCUACACAAACCCCUGUCAGUUUACAGGACCCCCGAUUUUUUUCGGUACAAUGAAAGUUUCCACAAUUGCGCUGAGGAUAAGAAGGGGGCAUACGACGUGGUGGGAGAUGUUCCGGAGGGGGAAGCGGCUUCCUUGCGGGGGAGCGCGGGUAGCGCGGAUAGCGCGGCUCAACAGGGGGAAGAUGCCAACCAGGGCAAACGCGAGAAAGGAUCUAACCAGGACCAACAGGAGGAAGAUGCCAGCCAGGACCAACAGGUGGAAGGCGCUAACCCGGACCCAAACCAGGUCAGUGUUGACCAGGCUCAACGCGAGAAAGGCGCUACCCCGGACCAACAGGAGGCAGAUGCCAGCCUGGACCAACGUCAGAACACCCCUCGCAGGGAGCACCGCCUCCCCCGCUCGGGGGGCAGCAAACACGAAGGGAGCCUGAUCUACCACUACGAGUACAAAUUCCACCAAGACGAGAAGCUGUGGAGCAAAUUCUUCGAAGAAUUCACAUUCCAGAUUUUUCGCAAGUUAAUAAAAACGAGCAACAAGGCAAAAAAAGUGAUCGUCCUUUUGAACAUGUUCAUCCCAACGAUAAUUAAAUAUUCCCUCUGCAAAAGUUUGAUUGAAAAUUAUGAAUACGGUUCUAUCUCGUACAUAAACGAUUUAGUGUCUCCUCUUUUCCUGUGCAACUGCAACACGUGUGUGGUGAUCGACUUGGGUUACUUAAGCUGUCGGUUGCUGCCCGUAAUGAACGGCAUGCCAUUAUACCACCAUUACACGUAUGUAGACAAUGGGGGGUUUUACAUCAAUAUGGAGAUUAAAAGGUUGCUGAAGGAGCAGUAUGUGAGAAGGGCUCAGAGGAGGAGAGCCGCACGCGAUUGCGAAGAUUCAAGCGCUUCAUUUGUGCAUGCCAGUGAUGGGGAAGGCCUUACCAAUGUACAGAAUACAGAGGAUGGCUAUUCGGAAACACCCCACGAAGAAAAACCCACGGAGGGGGAAAAAGGAGAAACAAAGACCUCACAGGGACUACUUAAUUAUUACCUCGAUUUAUACCCACUGGAAGAAAUACUAAACGUCAUCGACAGCAUGCCAGAUGACGAAAUAGAAAAUAUGAAGAUGAAAUUUUUUUAUUUAAAAAAUGAAGAAGCCAAAUUGUAUAGCAACAAAAUUGUCCUGUAUGAAUUUCAAAAUUACGAAAUUGUCGUAGAAGCAGAUACUAGGUGGAUGGCCUGCGAAAUAUUAUUUACAAAAGAUUAUGAGCAGAAUAUAAAUUUUAUGUUCAACUCCAUACUGUCUAAAUUACACAUGUUUGAGUUUUCCGUUUUCCACAAUGUGCUGCUGGUUGGUGGGUGUAGUAACAUCAAGGGGAUCGUUUCGAAAAUUGCUCAAUCCCUUUUCCACGCGUUAAGAGAGAAAAAAAAGACAUCCGUGAAAGAUUUGGAAAAUAGGGUCAACUUCCUCUUUCCAAAGAUAUCCCCCAACCUGCGCCAAUUCAUAGGGGCCUCCAUCUGCUCGAAUUUGGAGAACCUGCCAGACUACACGCAGGAGCACGUGCAUAACAGUGUGCUGUACGACCACCUCAACGAAGACGUCUACUUAACCUUUAAGCGGUGA